AUUUUUUAAUAUUUUUUUUUAUUUUUUUUGCCUUUCUGUUAAUAAUUUUCAUUCACUGAAGUUCAUGCAAAAUCUUUAAGAUUUCUUAGCUUGUUUUUCUAUGGCAUCCUGUCCCGUUUCUGGCUCCCUUUUCUUCUUUGCAAUGAAUACAAGGCUACUGUUACUGUAUUUUCUUACCCACUGUUCUUUCUUAGUUUGAUUCCUUUCUUCACUACUAACGUUAUUUGAUUACUUUGUCCUCUUGUGCUUAUUCCAAUCUAGACCCAUUAUGUGUGCAGUCAUUUGACCCACUUUCAUCUCAAGACAUUUCUGCAACAUUUCUGUUAUGUGACUGGCUAGUUAGAUGGCCAUUAGGAAACCCCGUAUUUUUUGUGAUUUUUUUUUUAAAACUUUUUUGUUGUUUGGAUUGGUUCUCAGUUUUUUUGUUUGUUUUGUUUUUUAAGUAUUAAUCAAGAGUUCAGAACUUCGUCUGGCCUGUAUCAACACAUAGUUUUGGUUUUGUGGGUAGAGUUUAGCUUGUCCUCCCUCUCCCACUUCUGUUAUUUUGUUUUUUCCUUCAGUAAUUUUUUUCAGAUAGAGACAGGCUUGCUUUGACUGCACAACUCUGUCCAAGCCCUCACCUUGCUGAAGGAGCUACUAUCUACUAGUUUAACAAAAAUAACUUGCUGCAAAGCUUGUGGCAUGGAACACUUUCUCUUGCUUGUGUGCUCUUUAACUAUAUGAUAAUGUUACUACUUGGCAUGUACAAUAUUUUCCUUGAUCGUUUUUCUUCCUUUUGGUAACUGGUGUUCAGUGUGUUUGGAUGAAUUUGACACCUACUUUGUUUUUACAACAUCUGUGCCUUAACAAGAGUUUUUCUGGCUGAAAGCAUUAACUUAUUAUUGAGGUGAGGACUGGAGGGAGGAGUGUACAGGAAAUUGUACGGACAGAGCACAGCGUCCUGAAAUUAUGCCACCAGCACACGUAGGUUCUUUUAGCAAGGCCCUUAUGUAGGGAAACAGUUAUGGAGAUCUGAUACAGUAUUAUUAAAUGUGUGGAAAUACAGAACUAGGAUUAGCAGUUAGUUUCCUUCUGAUACGUUCUUAAAAAAGCAAAUUAGCUAGGUGGUGGUUUUUAAGUUUCUUUAUUACAGGUUUUAUAAAGUAAUCUUAUACAAAUGUAAGUAUUUAGGAGCUUUUCAAACAGUGGUUUAAAUGGCCCCUGGGUUUUCAUUAAUAUUUUCAACUUGCAAGAAAGUGAUCAUAUGCUGUAUGUGCAUAAACUGAAUUUUUACGUUGCUUCUGAAGUCAUAUGCUCCUGUGUAACUUCUUUAGUCUGCAUGUUUCUUCUCUGCAUACGAUUUAGCUUUCAUUUUCAGCAGGAGUUACCGCAUAACUGGUAUUGAAGUGUUUGCAAAAGAAUAACAAUAAUUUGGAUGCCUGUUGUGCAGUUCUGUCUCAGGAGAGCACAAAAUAUCUCUAUGGUGAAGGAGACCUAAGUUUCUCGGAUGAUUCUGCGAUUCCUGGACUACGAAAUCACAUGACAUCUCUUAAUUUGGAUUUGCAGUCACAGAACGUGUAUCACCAUGGAAGAGAUGGAAGAAUGAAUGGAAGUAGGACUCUAGCUCACAGCGUUAGCGAUGGGCACCUUCAAACCAAGCAGCCCAACAAUGAACUAUUUCAGCAGGAACCACAGACUGCACCUGCGCAGGUUCCACAAGGAUUUAAUGUCUUUGGAAUGGGUAAUACAGUUAGUGCUUCUAAUCCGGGGCAACAUCUUGGAUUUCACCUAGGCAGCAAAGGAGUAUCUAACUUGUCCCAGCAAACACCCAGAUUCAACCCAAUCAUGGUAACCUUAGCCCCAAAUAUUCAGCCUGGCCGCAAUACCCCUACGUCUUUGCACAUACAUGGUGUACCUCCUCCUGUACUUAACAGUCCACAGGGAAAUUCUAUCUAUAUUAGGCCUUAUAUCACAGCUCCUAGUGGUACAGCUCGACAGACACAGCAGCAGGCAGGUUGGGCAUCUCAGUUUAAUCCUAUGCAUCCUCAGCAAGUCUACCAGCCUUCGCAGCCAAGUCCUUGGACUACUCUUCCUACAUCCAAUACCACGCCACAUACCUCAUCGCAACACUCAACGCAGCCAAAUCAGCAAGGCCACCAGACUUCUCAUGUCUAUAUGCCUAUCAGUUCUCCUACUACUCCACAAGCACCUAUGAUUCAUUCAUCUGGUAGCUCACAAUCCUCUGCUCACAGCCAAUACAACAUUCAGAAUAUAUCCACAGGACCUCGCAAAAACCAAAUUGAAAUCAAACUUGAACCACCACAGAGAAAUAGUUCUUCUAAGUUGCGUUCAACUGGCCCUCGCACCUCCACUACUCCCUCUUCCCUCAACAGCCAGACAUUAAGUAGAAGUCAGCCCACUGUUUACAUAUCGGCCAGUCCUCCAAAUACUGAUGAAGUGAUCACACGUGGUCAGCCUAAGGUCUACAUUUCAGCAAAUGCCACCACAGGAGAUGAUCAACUUGUGCGGAACCAGCCCACGCUUUUCAUAUCGACAAAUCCUGGAGUAUCUGCCACUUCUAGGAAUAUGUCUGGUCAAGUAAGCAUGGGUCCUGCAUUUAUUCAUCACCAUCCACCCAAGAGUCGAGCAGUGGGCAACAGCACCACUGCAACCUCUCCUCGAGUGGUUGUUACGCAGCCUAACACAAAAUAUACUUUUAAAAUUACAGUUUCUCCAAAUAAGCCCCCUGCAGUUUCCCCAGGGGUAGUCUCCCCAACCUUUGAACCUACAAACCUUCUAAACCUUCCUGAUCACUAUGUUGAACCAGAGGGUAUCCAGCAUCUUACUGACCCUGUUUUAGCACAUGUGGAUAGGAUCAGUGAUGCACGAAAAUUGAGUAUGGGAUCUGAUGAUGCUGCCUACACGCAAGCUUUACUGAUACAUCAGAAGGCCAGGAUGGAGCGACUUCAACGAGAACUUGAGAUUCAAAAGAAAAAGUUGGAUAAACUAAAAUCAGAGGUCAAUGAAAUGGAGAAUAAUCUGACACGAAGGCGGCUGAAAAGAUCGAAUUCUGUUUCCCAAAUUCCAUCACUGGAAGAAAUGCAACAGUUAAGAAGUUGUAACAGACAGCUGCAGAUAGACAUAGAUUGCCUAACCAAAGAGAUUGAUCUUUUUCAAGCAAGAGGACCACAUUUUAAUCCCAGUGCUAUUCAUAAUUUUUAUGAUAAUAUUGGAUUUCUUGGUCCGGUGCCACCAAAACCCAAAGAUCAGAGGUCCAUUGUGAAAACACCAAAGACUGUUCCAGACGCAGAUGAAGAUGAGGGAGCUCAGUGGAGUUGUACUGCCUGUACUUUUUUAAAUCAUCCAGCCUUAAAUCGCUGUGAACAGUGUGAAAUGCCCAGGCAUUUCUGAGCCAACAGGCCCGUUAUCUUCUGUAAAACCACAGCAAACGUACAAGGAACUAUCCAGUCAUUGGGGGCAGAAAAAGCAUUUAUGUGUAGGAUUUUGUAAAAUUGAAGGCGUGGUGAGAUGGUGUUUUGUAAUGUUAAAUGUCAGCCCACAGAGCUAGUAAUGCCUCAGUGUUGUGUCACAGGCAGUUGAAAUUCAUCGGCUGGAAGGUAAUCUGCUGAAAGACUCAGUUGCCAGCUGCCUAAACCAUGUACAGUAUUACCAUAUCCCAGUAGCACACACCGUGUUCAGUGCUUGGGUGUUGCCCAUCCUCUUCUCUGCCCCGAUGUCACUACUGAAUUUUGACAGGGGAAAGGAAUAGAGUGCUCGCAUUUUUGUUUUCAGAGCUUUCAGUGAAACACUACAUGCACAGAGGAAAUUUAAAAGGAACAAGGUUUAACUGUUUAAACUGUUUGCUGCCACAUAGUGCCUUUGAUAAAGGGAGGAACUUCACAAAGCAGUGGUACUCUUUGCCUUGUCUUCCCUGAAAACAUCUCUGUGAAGCCAGAAAUCAGUACGAUCACAGCUAAAGAUGAAAAGGAAAAACUGCAUGCGUUGUCUGUACAAUACACACAGUGAAAUACCCCAAAGCUUUUCCUACUGUACAUAGCUCUAGAGCCUGCUUUAAGUGAUUUCUUUUCUUCACCUUUAUUAUUUUCUUGUACUUCUGUAUGUAUAGUGUAAUAGUCUUUUUGUUAACUUUCUUUUUUUUUUUCCCUUUAAGUGAUUAAGCACGAUCAUGUCCCUUUUUUUUAAGCUUUUAUCUGAGAGAAACAAUGCCUUAAAAUAAGAGCAUUAAUAAGAAACUAUGCACAAGAUAGCUUUCCUCUGCUCAUUCUGUACAUUGCUCUUGUAAAUGCUGAUGAUCUGUGAAGACCUGCAGAUGCAGCGUGGUAAAAGUGCAGGAAAAGUUGGAAGAGUUAUGCAUAUAGUUCACUCUGUACACUGAGUUUUACGGUGGGUGACACAAGGUAGCAUUUUGUCUGGCGUGAGGAAAUAAACUAAGAAACUUUCAACCCACCAACAGAUCAGCUUCCGAUUUAAGCUUGCUUCAUCUGCUGGGUAUCUUGCAGACUCCUGAAGAGAGAUUCAUUGGGGAAGUACACACAGUGCCAAAUCAACAGCAGCAGCAUCAUACAGCUUUGUUCAAGAACUUUAAAUGCUUUCCUGUUUUGGCAGCCAGUUUCUAAACAUGACUUGUGGUGAAGUCUCAUAUUUAUAGAAAACAAGGAUAGCAAUAUUUAGGACAACUGAAAUAAAGGCUGGAAAAAAGAAAUCAAACAGACUUGAACACUGAAGCAACCUCAAGCAUCUCUUUUUUUGAUGAUCUAUUUUUUUAAGGAAAAUAUUCACAUGAUCGGGAAUGUACGUAACAGAUGGAGAAAAUGGAAUUACAGUAUGUAUGAAAGACAGCACACGAUUAUGUAGCAGCACUUAAAGUGAGGCUGGAGGGAGUGCUAACUAUGUAGCAAGAGACAAAGUAGACUGUCACCCACUGUAAACAUUUGCCAGUGGACAUUUUCAUUAGGAAUUUUACAAGUGAUCUAUGUGAAUACACAAAGGCCUUUGUUUUGAAGGCUUUGCAUUUUUUUAUGUGGGAAGAAAAUGCCAAUCCCAGGUAAUUAGGCAGUAGACCCAAAGCACUUGCAUUCAAUGCAUUUUGUCUAUAAAAUGAGGCCUUGUUUUUCAGCUUCAUCUGCAGUUCUAUGUGAAGAUUGACAAAUCAGUUUUUACCUGUUUAUUAAUAAAACCUAAUUUGGAUAUCUUGAGUUGAUGGUUUUGUGAUUUAGCUGGGUAAACUGUCUUUGUAACAGAUAAGUUAUUUAUAAAAAUUAAAAAAAAAAAUUAUAUUCUAA